AUGACCCGGAGCGGGUGUCUGACCCUGGGUGUGGUGACCCGGGGCGGGUGUGGUGACCCGGGGCGGGUGUCUGACCCUGGGUGUGGUGACCCGGAGCGGGUGUCUGACCCUGGGUGUGGUGACCCGGAGCGGGUGUCUGACCCUGGGUGUGGUGGCCGCCGUGCUGUCGGUAUUGGCUCACACCUACGUAACCCGCCGUCCCUCGCCCCCUGCGGCCGUCCCUCGCCCCCCUGCGGCCGUCCCGUCCCUCGCCCCCCUGCGGCCGUCCCGUCCCUCGCCCCCCUGCGGCCGUCCCUCGCCCCCUGCGACCGUCCCUCGCCCCCUGCGGCCGUCUCUCGCUCCCUGCGGCCGUCCCUCGCCCCCUGCGACCGUCCCUCGCCCCCUGCGGCCGUCCCUCGCCCCCUGCGGCCGUCCCUCGCCCCCUGCGACCGUCCCUCGCCCCCUGCGGCCGUCCUUCGCCCCCUGCGGCCGUCCCUCGCCCCCUGCGGCCGUCUCUCGCCCCCUGCGGCCGUCUCUCGCCCCCUGCGGCCGUCUCUCGCCCCCUACGGCCGUCCCUCGUCCCCUGCGACCGUCCCUCGCCCCCUGCGACCGUCCCUCGCCCCCUGCGACCGUCCCUCGCCCCCUGCGACCGUCCCUCGCCCCCUGCGACCGUCCCUCGCCCCCCUGCGAUCGUCCCUCGCCCCCCUGCGAUCGUCCCUCGGCCCCCUGCGACCGUCCCUCGACCCCUGCGGUCGUCCCUCGCCCCCUGCGACCGUCCCUCGCCCCCUGCGACCGUCCCUCGCCCCCUGCGGCCGUCCCUCGCCCCCCUGCGACCGUCCCUCGCCCCCUGCGGCCGUCCCUCGCCCCCCUGCGGCCGUCCCGUCCCUCGCCCCCCUGCGGCCGUCCCGUCCCUCGCCCCCCCUGCGGCCGUCCCUCGCCCCCUGCGACCGUCCCUCGCCCCCUGCGGCCGUCUCUCGCCCCCUGCGGCCGUCCCUCGCCCCCUGCGGCCGUCCCUCGCCCCCUGCGGCCGUCCCUCGCCCCCUGCGGCCGUCCCUCGCCCCCCUGCGGCCGUCCCUCGCCCCCUGCGGCCGUCCCUCGCCCCCUGCGGCCGUCCCUCGCCCCCCUGCGGCCGUCCCUUGCCCCCUGCGGCCGUCCCUCGCCCCCCUGCGGCCGUCCCUCGCCCCCUGCGGCCGUCCCUCGCCCCCUGCGGCCGUCCCUCGCCCCCUGCGGCCGUCCCUCGCCCCCCUGCGGCCGUCCCUCGCCCCCCUGCGGCCGUCCCUCGCCCCCUGCGGUCGCUCAGGUCGCCUCAAGAAACAAUGUUGUUCAAGCAGGUAUCACUAG